GCUGAGGCAUGUUGGGAUAGAAUGGGUCAAUAUGGCGACUAGGAUAAGUACUUAACGGAAACAAGUUACUUCCAUUCAAAGUUUCAUACUGAUCUGUGGAUUCUAUGUGAGAAAAAUGGAGCUCAUACAGAUAUUUAUUGCCGUUUUAGUUAUUUUUUACCCAGUUAAUGCAUUUGAUGUGGCAAAAUCUGGACAGACUUAUAUUCAAGCAGGAUCACAAACCACGUUGACAUGUCGGUGGGCGCCAUUAGCAGCUGGAGAGGAUCUUCUAAGAGUAAACUGGAGACAAGGCUCUACAGUAAUAGCAAGUGCUAUCUUACCUAAUUAUACACCAGUGUAUGCUGACACGAAAAUAAAAAACCGUGUAACACUGGGCAAUCUAACCUCCUCAAGUCCCAGCACAUCAAUAACAUUAACAGGAUUACAGUGUCCAGGUGAUAUAGCGGAGUAUGCAUGUGAUGUAUUCACUACUGCACUGCAAGACAGUUCUGGAACAGCAGGUUUUGAUGUUAAUCUAUUUGAUUUCAUGGGAAAUAAUGUCACAAUCACAUCCUCGUCAAGUCGGUUGCAAGCAGGCCAGAAUGCCUCCCUGACUUGUACAGCCAGUAAUAUUGGGCGACCACCAGGCACCAUUAAGUGGCAAAGAAACUCCCAAGAUAUCACCACUGGAUUUACUCAGCAGAAAAGUAUAAAUAGUGAUAAUUGUACCUAUAAUGGAGUUAGUAUUCUGAGUAUUUCACCGACAUCCCAGGAUGAUGGAGUUAUGUAUAAGUGUGUUGUUGACCCAAACUCUGCAGUGAUUGGAGACUCCAGAAAGGAAGGAAGGUACACACUGGAUGUACAAUACCCAGUGCGACAGGGGCCAAGGGUGACAUCAUCCACUGGUACAUUUACAGUUGAGCAGGGAACAACUUUUACUCUCAACUGUCAGGCAAGCGGCAAUCCAAGUCCAAACUAUGUGUGGACCAGUCCAGAUAAUACCAACACCACUGGCUCUCAGCUUGUGCUGACACUGUCCUCUACUGGGACUUUCUUGUAUACUUGCUUUGCCACCAACAGUUUGACGACAACACCAUUGCCAACAGGUGUCACAGUGACAGUACAAGAGAAGACAACCACCACAACCACUACAUCUACAACAACGGUGACAACCCCCACAGCAGUUGCCUCCACUACCAAGAGCGGUACGGGCACAGGGGAAGUAUCUCCCGCUCAGUCCCAGCUGCCAGAAUGGGCCAUAGCUAUCAUCGUUGUCGUGUGCGUCCUGGUCAUUCUGGCCGUGGUCAUUGCGGUGGUCAUCAUGAAGAGGAGGAAAGGCAACAAAGAAAAAACUCUUGUGGACAACAAACCCCCAAACAACUACACCCCUGAGGCUUAUAACGGACCAUACCCAGCACCCGACGUCUUAGACAGCAGUCAGCGCUAUCCAGACUAUGGCAUGGACACGCCACCAAGGAAACCGCCCAUAAAUGAUCAGUAUGAUCCCAGGAGUCGUAACGUGGAAAACCUGGUGUAUGCAGAGUUGGCGUUGGACGACACUCCGCGCAGUCGCAAGCCCAUCCAAGCAAUGCAGUUGGAUAACAGUGUGGAGUAUGCUGAGAUUAAGAGGGUGUAGUGACCACACAGAUCACAGAAACUGACCAUGUGUAACCUCUAAGAGGUCAAAUGGAGCUGACAUGAAAUACUUGGCCACACUGGAUUUAUUAAUGAUAAAAGGUUAAGACAAAAUAUGUCAGUGAUAAAGUCAGAUAUUGGAAGAGGGUGGUUGAAAAGAGCAGGUUUUGAUAUUAUAACUGAGAGCAAAAGAGACACAAGCAGUGUGUGAAUGGAAUGAAAAUGAAACUGGGUCAACGAAGUGAAAAUGAAACUGGGUCAACAAAACUGAAAGUGAAAUUGACACUAUGUUUUUGGCCCUUGCUAUGAUUGGGUAGAUACAUUUCAGAUGGUGACAUUUGGUUUGUACCCAGGGAGUUGUUUCUGAUACUCAACGAAAGGAGGAACGUUAACAUCAGCAUAUCACUCAACAUACAUGAGACUCCCUACGAGAGUGGAGUGCACCAAACUCUGUGGAAAGCAAGCUACUUUCUUUCACAAAGUGCAUACGUAAUUGACUCCAGCUGUUGUACUUUUCUUCAUAUAUUUAUCAAAAAUAAUGAGAAAUUAAUGUCAGAAAAGCAUUUAGUUUUCUAUACUCUAUAAGAUGGGUACUCCUGUAAGUUAAGUAGAAUAGGUUGUUUGCAGGUUCCUCCAAACCAUUAUAUCUUCCAUUUAUAAUUUGUAUUUCUAAACAUGGAAGCAAUUAAUGCCAUUUUAGUGUAUUCUGUUGCUCUGACACCAGUACUAGUUGCGUAGUUUUUGCCAGGUGUGAUAACCCGGCGUUAAAAUGUCAGUAAGAAGGUACGUAGAUACUUGAGUGUUAUUAUCUCUAAUACAAAGAUCGCCAGUGCUGGAAAGCUGGGGUCACAUAUUUAGAAUGGUAUCCAAGCCUGGAGGUAAAAAUUGAGAAAAGAUAACAGGCAUCUUUCAGCAGCCAUAUUGGAACAGUUUUGUAAUUAGAAAAAGGUGUAUAUUUUGCAUCAUUGCAGCAUGCAGGUCGAAUGCACUUCGAUUAUCUUUCUUAUAAAAAAAUUCAUUAAAUCAGUUGUGUGUUGUUAUAUUAACUAGCUAGUCUCUUUUGGUUUUAGCCUAGUUUAUUGCAAGAGAAAGGAUGGUCUGUUGUCUCUCUCUCUCUCUUAGUCUGUCCAGUCUGUAAAAUAUAAACAAGUGCUCAGCAUUUUUAAUCAAGUUGCAAUAUUGUUGAAAUAAUUGUUCACUAUUUAUAUAUAUGCAUGCAAAUAGACAAAUAGAAUAUUAUAGCUUUUGCUUGCAGGCUUAUUGUAGAGUAGAUGUUAUAUUGUAAGAUCUUUGCAGGGAUCAUUUUAAUUAAUGAUAUAUAAAAGUUCAUAUCAAUUGAUGUUCAUAUCAGACUAUUACAUUUGUCAGCCUUAGCUUAGAACACGUUUUAUUAAUCAACUUUUGAAAGUAUAGCCCUACUGUACAGCACACUUAUCAGAUCUUGAUAUUUUAUUUUGCAUAUAUUUGAUUAAUCCUUGAAAUUGUGU